AUGGAAGACCAAAGAAGAAACGGAACUACAGUUGAUGCUGUAAACAAAAGAGACAAAAAGAGAAGCAACAUAGCUGCACGCUUGAACAAAUUGGAGCUCACAUUCCGAAAUGACCGAGAUAUGUUUUAUCGCAACAGUUUGCAUGAAUUACAAAAUAAACUAGCAAGCCUACAACAAGGAUCAAACGAAGAUUAUUUAACGCAAAAGAUAAGGUUGGAGGAAACGAGAGAUUAUGAGCUCACUAAGCUAAGGUUAUGGGAAGAGUAUCAAGUCAAGAGAGUUGAGCGGGAGUACAGGUUGGAUUUGCAAAAAGCACAAGAAAAUCAUGACAAAAUGAUCAAGUUGAUCAAGGAAAAAUUGUACGAUAAGCUACAGAAACAGAUUAAAAACUUGAAAGAAGAUAAGUAUUUGUUGAAUCUCCUUAAUGGUAAUAGUUACAGCAAUGACGAAAUGGACCAUAUUAGUGUCAAGGAUGCAAGAUUGAGCUUGCAUGAUAGGCGUUCGUUAAGGAAACGCGCAGAGCACAUUGGAAGGUUCACCAGUGGAGAAAUAGACGAUUUAUCUGAUGGAGGCGGAGGCAUUUUGUCAUCAUCAUCAGUAGCUGCGGCUGCGGCUGCGGCUGCGGCAGGGAACGAGUCAGGAUAUAUAUCUCUGGGAAAAAGAAGGCGGUUAUAUGCGACACGGUAUUCGUCCAAUGACGAGGCUAGCAGUACAAACAGUGCAAGACCUUCAAAUAAUAAUAGUCAUGGCCAAAGUCAGAAUUACAAUGCAAAAAACAAUGGUGGUGUUAGCAGCGGAUACGAGUCCAACUUGAGUGAUAAGGACUACGAUGCUCUAAAUACCCUCAUUAUGGAGGAUGGCCAGUCACUUAUUCAUGACGGUUUGGAUGGUAAUGAAGUCAGUAGUUACAAGGUACAAACAAGAGGCUCACAUAAGCAAUUUGUUGGACCACAGGGUCUAAAGCCGGAGGAAUUGAAUGACGAUUUGACGCUAUUGCUACCGUCGAAAGAAAAGCAGGACAAGUUGAAAUAUAUUAGUGAGAAAAUAAUAGAUACAGGCAUCGAUGCACCUUUCCAGUAUGGCUGUAUUAAACCACCAACAUCCGCUCUGAAUGCCGAGAAUGGGCACCAUCAGAAAGCCAAUGCUGCCUUUGUUAUGCUUUGCCGCAACCACGAAAUCGAUGCUGUAAUAAAAAGCGUUGAUUCUGUUGAACGGCAUUUUAACCAGUGGUACGAUUAUCCCUGGAUUUUCUUAAACAAUGAGGAGUUUACAGAUAAGUUCAAAACGACUGUUUCUGAUUACACUAAAUCCAAGGUAAGUUUUGGCACAAUAGAACUGCAAGAUUGGGAGUUUCCGUCAGAUUUAGAUCAAGAUGAUCUCUAUGAGUGGAUAGAGUCUCAAGGAGAUCGGGAAAUAUUGUAUGGAAAUUUGCAAAGUUAUCACAAAAUGUGUCGAUUUUACUCUGGUAAAUUCUAUAAGCAUCCUCUUAUUAAAGAUCUUGAGUGGUACUGGAGAGUUGAGCCAGAUGUUGAGUUUUUUUGUGAUAUUACCUAUGAUCCGUUUGUAGAAAUGGCCAAAAGAGGUAAAAAAUAUGGAUUCAAUGUUCUUUUGGAAGACUUGUAUUAUAGUAUACCUGGGUUGUUUCGCCAUUUUCAAGCGUAUAUCAAAAAGGAAGGGAUUGUGCCAAAAAGUAGCUGGAAGCUAUUUACAUUGAAUUCGAAAUGGACGAUAGAAGAGAAUGACGAAGGAGUUUACGACGGCAUCCACGAUGAACGUGAGAUAAAAAUGGAAAUCCAGGAUCAAAUUUAUUUGCAAAAACUUAUUCAUGAAAUGGAAGGAAAAGAUGACAGUGUUUUUGCCAAAUACCCUUAUUUGACUCGAAGGAUUCUUUCAAAAAGUAAAAGUUUACCUAAACUCCAUGAAGACAGGUUUGAUAAAGAAGAUUAUACUUUGUGUCAUUUCUGGUCCAAUUUUGAGAUUGCCAGAGUCGAUAUUUUUGCAUCUGAGCAAUACCAGAAACUAUUUGAGUAUCUUGAGACAACAGGUGGUUUCUAUAAAGAACGGUGGGGGGAUGCUCCUAUUCACUCGUUGGCAAUGGGGAUGCUUCUUGACUUGAACGAGAUUCAUUACUUUAGAGACAUUGGAUAUCGACACGAUAAGUUUGUUCAUUGUCCAGCAAACGCACCUGGACAUCAACUUGAAUAUGAGGGGGUAGAGAGCGAAUUAAAGUGGCUAUCACCAGACAAGCCAAAAUAUAACGGAGUUGGGUGUAGAUGCAAAUGUCCAGCAAAAUACAAAGAAAUUGAAGAUUCGGGUUGCAUGAAGAGAUGGGUCACUUUUACAAAGUCUGAAUACAAGGAGAUGGUUCCUGUAAACGUCGAGAAAUGGAAGAAAAGAAUUGGUAGGAAAAUUAAUAACAAUUUGAGUCUCGGGGGAAAACUCGAAGACACGGUUGUAUAG